UCUAGAUAGUAGCCGGUGGCAAAAUUGUUGGACCGGGCAAAUUGGGAAAUGGCGCCAUUUCCCUAAUAAACCUAUAAUUAUUCAUGCCAUCCACUCUCUGCAAAUUCGGUCCAUUCUCUCUCUCAUUGAUCUCCUACAGACUCUCCACGACUCCAUUGCUGUUGCCUCUACUGAUGGCGCCUCCCAAGGUUAUUGCGGAGUACGCAAAAUCGGGCCGUUCCUCCUGCAAGAAGUGCACCAAGGCAAUCUCAACCGCUUCUCUCAGGCUAGGACUGGUCACCAAAGAUCCGCGAGGAUUUGGCCUCACCAAAUGGCAUCACUUAGAUUGCUUUCCCGUUGCGUCUAACGAAAUUUCUUCACCGGACUCAAUCUCCGGUUUCUCUUCUCUUAAGAGCUCGGAUCAGGAAAGUCUAAAGAGAUUACUAGCUGGAGGUGAUUGCUCCACUAAGAUGGUUAGUGCAGAAGAUGAAACUGAAAUCGCUGAACAGAAUGAUGAGAAUUCCAAGAAGAGGAAGGUUAGUGCAGGAGAAAUAGUUGAAAGCAGUGAACAGAGUGUUGAAAUUUCGAAGAGAAGGAAGUUGCAGGAUCCUAUAACUGAUGGACAUGAUGCAAUUGAAGGAAGUGAACAGAAGGACUCUGUAGAUCAAACGGCAUGUCUGGUUAAAUAUGGUGAUGAAGCUGAUAUAGCUUUGUCAGUAACUGAAAUCAAGGAUGUCUAUAAGGAUGCUAUAUUACCACCGAAGUGGAAGGCAUUUCAGACUAUUAUAUUUCUUGAACGGGAUGAUGGCCUUAAGGACUCUAGCAAAAUAGCCGCAUUUGAUUUUGAUGGAUGCGUAGCAAAAACAUCUGUGAGAAAGGUUGGUCCAGAUGCAUGGUCCCUUAUGUAUCCUUCGAUACCCGAGAAAUUCCAGAGCUUGUACAAUGAUGGGUACAAAUUGGUAAUAUUCACGAACGAAUCAAAUAUCGAUCGUUGGAAGAAUAAGAGACAAGUAGCCGUGGAUUCAAAAAUUGGACGGCUCUGUAGUUUUAUCAAGUCUGUGAAUGUCCCAGUUCAGGUUUACAUAGCCUGUGGAGUGGGUAAUAGUCAAGUAGAGGACAAAUUCCGCAAACCCAAAAUUGGGAUGUGGCAUAUCAUGAAACAACAUUUCAACUCUAACAUCCAGAUUGAUAUGGAUCGAUCAUUUUAUGUUGGUGAUGCUGCUGGAAGAAUCAAUGAUCACAGUGCUGCUGACAUUGAGUUUGCAAAGGGGAUUGGAUUGAAAUUUUAUGUUCCGGAGGACUACUUCGAAACCUAGGUAGGAAUCAUCGAAAUCAUGUAAGUCUAUAACCGUAAGUAAAGAAGGCUAGCAUAGCAGUUGAAUUAUGUCUUCAGUGUUCAAGCUGCUGUAUGUAUCACUUCCAACUUUGUGGCUUCUAUAUCAUAACCUUUUGUUCAGUUUUUUUGUUUGGUAUACUAUACUACACACGAAGAAGGUAAGUGUUUAAAACUUGAUAGUUUAAUUUAAUUGAAGUUGGGAAGACUAAUUUGAACGAAGAUGAAGUUUAGGAGUUAAUUUAAAUAUCUCAAACAA